UGUUAAUCACCUAGAUAAUGACCUGUUUUGAUAAAACGCACAGUUCGUUGUCUCGUGAACAUGAUUGACGCUCUCCUGACUUACGACUCCGCUGCCACUUCCUCCCUGUCCACAAAGGCGCUCUCUCCCGCCGGCGGCGACGCAGGCAGCGGCACCGUCUCCGGCCCCGCGGCAUCGUUCAUGACUACAUCCCCUUCCCCGUCCUCUCGAUGAUGGCCGUCGUGCCUAUCCCUACUCGUCCCCAACCCGUCCUCCCUUCCACCCGCCUCACUCCCACUCCCACUCCCGCUCCCGCUCCGACCCUCACUCCCCUCUUCCUCCUCCUCCCCAUCACUCCGACUCCGACUCCGACUCCCCCUCCCACUCGCACUGUCACCCUCCUCACCCCGAUCCACCAACCGCACUGUCUCCUCGAGAAUCAGGAACUCGCGCUCCAGCAUCUCGGCCCAGUUCUGCACGUCGCCGAUCUCCUUGACCCGCCGCGCGUGCGCCUCCGCCAGCCGGCCCAGCCGCUCGUUCUCCCGCCGCAGCCCCGCCGUCGCCCGCGCCACCUCCCGCUCCUGCCGCCCGAUCGCCGCGUGGUUCACGUGCAGCUGCGCCGCCCGCGUCGUGAGUUCCCGGUCCAGCAGGUUGCAGGUUUGCGGGCGGCCACGGUUGCGGCAUUGGCGCUGCUGCUGCUUGCCGACGGAGAGGCUGCCGUGGCCGUAGCGUUGGUGACGGACGGCGCCGACGGCUGUGCCCGGCUUAUCGACGCUGCGGUGAGGGGCAUCGGAGGGGACGACAACGGCAUCGCGGGAGUAUGCUUGUAAUCAAAAAAUUCAAGGUCGCCGGG